GGCUAUUUUUCAUUCGGUGGUAACAGUCUGAUUCUUUGGCGCUUUUAAACCGACUUUCCCUGAAGGGGAAGAUACAGACAAAGCCCAAACCCUAAUCUGGAAAAAAACAGCAACGGUUCUGAGAAAAUUUCAUUUCAUUUUCCUCGACUUUCCUUCGCUCUCCUUAAACUCAUCUCAAUGGCGACUGAAUCGGCAGAUUCGUACAUUGGGAGCCUCAUAAGCCUAAUUUCCAAGUACGAAAUACGUUACGAAGGGGUUCUCUACUUCCUCAGCGUCCAAGACUCCUCCAUUGGCCUCAAAAACGUUAGGUCAUAUGGAACAGAGGGGCGUAAGAAGGAUGGCCCACAAGUUCCUCCAAAUGAUAAGGUUUAUGAAUAUAUUCUGUUUAGAGCAAGUGACAUUAAGGAUUUGCAAGUUAAGUCUCAUCCGCCUGCUCAAAGAGAAGAACAAACUCAUGAUGAUCCUGCUAUUAUACAGUCACACUAUGCUGGGGUGCCUGUAAGUUCUCCACCAUCAGCAUUAGGUGGAGGUAAGAAUUUGGUAGAAACAACUCAUUGGCAGGAUACCCCUGCUUUGACUAGUAGAGGCCAUAUUGGUGUAUUGCCUUCAUAUAGUUCUUCAAUUGAAGUUGGUACAUCAGGACAUUCCUCUUUUACUCAUAUUGCUAGUCCUCCAGCACUUUCUUUUCCGAUGUAUUGGCAAGGAUACAAUGGGGCAUCACUUGAUAUGUCUGAUCAUCCACAUCACCGUAUUCCUUUGCAAUCUCCACAGCCCUAUCAUCCACAUCACCGUAUUCCUUUGCAAUCUCCACAGCCCUUGACAAUGCAGAAUAAGGCUCCUGAAAAUCACGCAUCUAUAGCUGUUGGCUUGGCCACUACAUCAGAAUCUCUGACCCCUAUAAUUUCGUCUUCUACACCAACUUUUGUACAUCCAAACUUUUCUACCUCUGUCCCUCCUGUACAUUUUUCUUCUCUUGAUAUGCCUACGUCCUUGGCUGCACAGGUAUCUUUACCAUCUCAUUCUAUACCUCUAAAUGCUAGCCGACUAACUAUGUCUUCGUUGCCUUCACCUUGCCAAGACUUAGACAUAAUUGAAACACAAAUUGCUACUAAAGCUGUUUCUGAUUCAGUACCUGUUCUACCUGCACAGUCCAUGCCUUAUCCUGGAUUGUUUUCUGUGGGUUCUGAUCAAGGUCCCUUGCUAACACCACCCCCAUCUUUGUUAACUCCUGAUCAAUUGGCACCAUCUAGAUCGCACAUACUUUCUUCCUCACAGAAACUCUACCUUGAUGGAAGGGAUAUCGGCAUUUUGAUGCCAACCUCAUCUGGAUCUUCAUCCUUGAUUCCUCCUGUAACUCGAGCACCAUUAUUGCCGUUGCCCACUUCCCAACAGUCUCCAUACUCAGCUACACCGUAUACUGAGGAGUUUGAUUUUCUAGCCAUGAAUGAGAAGUUUAAGAAAGAUGAAGUAUGGGGUUACCUAGGAAAGGAAAAACAAAGUGACCAAACAGAAAGAGUGGAUAAUAGUGGAACUGGUCAAUGUGUGGAUGUCAAAGAAGGUUCUGGCCAGAUACCCAACACAAAGCCUGCGUAUAACAAGGAUGAUUUCUUUGACACAAUUUCAUGUAAUUCGCUCAACCGUGGAGGAAGGAAUGGACAUAGGUUUUCUGAGAGAAUGAGGCAGGAUACUGAGACAUUUGGAAAUUUCCAGCAGAGAUAUAAUCUUGGCUAUGGUGGUUAUGGUGCUGGACGUGGUGGUAAUUACCGCGGUCCAUAUCAAUGGGGAAGGGGUUAUGGCUACGGCGGGAGGGGACGUGGUGGGAACAUGCCCUUCUAAUGUCAAUUUGUGUUUCAAUGUUCACUCAAGGUCCAUGAUUGCGUGUCUAUGGUUUCUUUUUACCUCAUUCUAGACAUUGAGGACUGAAUCUCAAAGGUAAAUGUUGUGGACAUUUUGAGAUCUUCAUGUAUGUUAGAGGAUUCGGCUGGUUCAUACCGUUUUAGUGCCCAUGAACUGGCCUUUGCUUCCCUUGUUUAAUGCAAAUAUUGUCCAUUAUACAAUCAGUAGAAAGAGAAAUCAAAUGCUGGUGUAGUUUUUACUUCUGCU